GGAAGAGAUUUCCACAUCUUUAUAAGGAAUGCUUCGUUCCCCUCUUUAACUGACGUGGGAUCUCACACCAAUCUAAAUUUCUCUCUGACUGUGGGCAAUGAUCGCUUUGUUGAUCCUCAGCACCCGGUUUGGCUGCAGUUUUGGUAAGUCGUUCGACCUCAUUGUCGUAAGCUGUCAAAAGUAGAACUUUCUUCUUCUUCUGGAUAUUAAUUACUUCAUUAACUUCAUAAACCAGUAGAUUAAAAAGACCAAGUGAAAUGAAAGGAGAUUAAUAUAUAAAUUACUUCUCGUAUAUCAAAAAAUUCACAACUGUAAAAACGGUUAUCUUGAAGAGACACGACCGCCCUUUCACCCCUUUGGAACUGUCUCAGUUAUGAAAAUUUCCAAUAAAGAGAAACACACAGCCCUUCUAUGAACACUCUUCAAGCGUAUGGAUUAUCAGCAGAAACUUGCCAAUUUCUCUUCUUCACCGUCGGCACCACCCCUACCGCCACCACCACCCUCUGUUUCUGCCAAUUUCAGCCACCCCCACAUGGCGGCGCCAGUCGAUUACCCCCGAAAUCCCUGCGAACCCCAGCCUCACUCCACAGUUGCUUGGUCCAGCGGUCUCUGCGACUGCUGCAACGACAUUAGUAUCUGCUGUUUGACUUGCUGGUGUCCCUGCAUUACGUUCGGCCACAUAGCAGAGAUAGUAGACAGAGGAUCAAUAUCGUGUGGCGUUAGCGGCGCAAUUUACUUGUCGAUACUAUGCCUAACGGGGUGCUCGUGCUUGUACUCUUGCCUUUACCGCUCGAAAAUGAGGGGACAGUUCUCGUUGGAAGAGAGCCCUUGCUGUGAUUGCUGCGUCCAUUGCUUGUGUGAGCAAUGUGCGCUAUGCCAACAGUAUAGGGAGCUUCAACACCAAGGCUUCGACAUGUCAUUUGGUUCUUUCUCUGUCACUUCACUUAAAUGGUUAAUUUGGUGUGUUGAAAUAGUGAUGGGUUUUACGUGCAUGGGCGUAGGAUGGCAUGGGAAUGUGGAGAGGCAGAGAAGGAUUGCUGCUCGUGCUGCUGCGACGCCGCCGCCGCCGCCGCCGCCGCCCAGUGUGCAAGGAAUGAUUCGUUAACGCCAUGCGGUGAUGCUCUUUCUUUCUUGUUCUUCUGCCUUUUUAACAUCUAUAUAGAUUGAGUUUCUUAUUCACCCGGUCAAUAAAGUAUGAAUAUUCGACUAAUCUACUUGUGUUGGAACCCGACUUUCGAGAUUAUGAUUGAGUUUUUAUUUGUAA